AUGGCGACAACUCGGCGCUCCCUGUGGGCCCGCCGGAGUACCUACCUCGUGCUGCUCGUAGCGCUCGUCGUCGCGGCUGACGCGGACGUGGCGCAGAGCCCGUAUACGUGCGAGCCGUGCUGCAACAACAACAGCACCAACACCCAGCCGCCGCUCUGCUGCGAACCCGGCCCGCUUAACAGCGUCGUCGGCGGUGCCUGCGUGGCCUUGCCCUGCUGCGUCAACGGCCGGUUUGAUGCGGACGAGUACAAGAAGAACCGUAAACCGUGGAAACCAUGCCUGAAGUACCCUGGUUGCCGUCUCGACGAAGACCUCUGCAGCGUUUCUUUCCUUCCGAACGACACCAGCCAGAGCUUCCCAUGGCAGUGCACGAAGCCGUGCUGCAGCAAUGGCUUCGUGACAGACUACACGUGGGACGCGACCCAGAACAACAUGCCAGGCCAGACCAAUGCGGUCGUCGAGAUGACGUUCGACCCGAACGACUACAGCCGCGUGCUCAUAUCGAACGGCGAGCCCGCGGGCACGUCGAUCCUCGAGAUCUUUGUGCGCAUCCCGACGGGGUGGGCGUGGAACACGACGACGGGCGGGUGCACAAUCCAGGACUCUAAGACGAUCAACGCCAGCCCCGUGAGCGGUCUCUGCCGAACGAUGCAGUGGGGCGCCUACUCGUACAUUGGCUUGAACUUGAAGUCGGUCGCCGCUUUGAGCGCCGCCCGCUUUCGCGUUGUUUUAACCAACGUCUCGACGCCCAAGAGUGUGCUGCCGCCAGAACACUUUCCGAUCUACUUUACCGCCAAGCUACCGAACGUAGACUACCGCGUGUACAUUAGCGCGGGCUACGUGCGCAGCGUGAACGCGGGACGCAUCUCGCAGCCAGCGUUCUUCACGGCCAACAUCCUCUCGCAGGCCGUGUCGAACGCGACGCUCAUCUUUGUCUCGGACGUCUUGCUGCCGAAGCAGACGCAACUCAAGCUCGACUUUCUCAACAGCGGCUACACGGUGGGCGAGUGCUCCUUCUUUUACAAGUCGCGGCCGUUGGUGGCGACCUACAAGCCUGACCCGAGGGUCUGGACGGUGACGCUGCCCGAAGACAUUGCACCCAACGCGUCGGUGCUCAUCGACGUGCACAACGUGCGCAACCCAGAGUCGCUGUACCAGGAGCGGUUCACGUCCAUCAACAUUACGGCUUCCGCGGGCGACUCGAUGCUGGCCCAAGGCGUGGUCGUGACGACGAUUAUGAAGGACCUCCAGACGUCGCUGCCCUCGAGCCCCUACAACUGGAUCUCGCUGGUGCUGCUCGUGCUGAGCCUCACGUUCUGCUUCCUCAUGCUCUUCAAGCACGGGCUUGGCAUCAUGCACUGGUCGUUCCACCCGAUUGCGAUCUUUAGCGACAUGACGGCGAUCACGGCCGUGACCGGUCUCCUCCUCGGACUCGUGAACAACGUGCUGUGGAUCUCGGGUGACAUGAAGCACAUGGAAAACUACUUUACGAUCAAGUGCGGCGUCACAUCGCUCGCGUUCACGAUGCUCUUGAGCGUCUGCUGCCAUUGGGCCUCGGUGCUCUCGCCGCCUGUCCGGAAGCUGCCCAAGUUUUCGCUCUUUGUGCUCUUUCUGUGCCUGAACGCGUGCUACUACGCCUUCCAGUUUGGCGCCGCGAACGUCCACCAAGACACGAUCCGCAAGGUCUAUGAGGCCGAGAGCACCACCAACAUGCAGGACCCAGUGUACACGUGCAAGAACGGCACGACGUUCCAGUACGUCUUCUCCGACAUCCAGCCGUACUUUGCACUCUGCUACAUGGCCAAGCAACACCUCUCGGUAGCGGAUCAGGCCUUCUUUACGUGGUUCUCCAACACGACGUACUCGGUCUCGGCGCUCCUCACGCUCGGUGUGCUCUUCCUUGGGCUCAUGGUCAUGCACCGCGGCUCGAAGAUCAUGCAGCUCAUCGCGUACUCGCCGCAGCAGAUCUACCUCAUGAAGGCGCUGCGCCUCUACACGUCGCUCAUCGGCGUCGUGACAGCCACGUACCUCAUUGCGUUCUCGAUGCAGUUUGUCCAAAACGAAGUCCCGUACUACGUGUGGUAUCUCACGACCGUCUGGCUCCCCCAGUGCGUCCCGCCGUGCUGCUUCAUCUUUCUCCAAUGGAACUCGGCGACCAAAUCGCUCCGCAAGAACGACGAGGAGACCGACUGCUCGUGCGAAGCCGUCGUGACGCCUCGCAUCGUUGGUAUCACAUUUGCAGAGAAGGAAGACGACGAUGGCUCUGAGGACCUGCCGCUCGACCGAGGUACGACCGUGCUCGUGCCCGACACGUACUUGGACGACGACGAAGACGAGGUUUUGGACGACCUCCCUUCAUCAGUUGUAACGUCGUCAAGCCGCAGCUUCAUCAAGCAGCUGGACGCCGAGAUGUUGAACCAAGCGUCAAGCUUUGGUGUCUCGCUCCGUCUUCUUGUGCCACAGCACAUCCCCCGCGGCUGCUACGUGGCGAUCGAAACUCAAGACGACGCGGGGCAGUGGGUGCGUGGCGACUCGACGGACACGCUGGUGCCUGAGACGGUUCGGGACGAGCAUCAUGUGGCCUUUCUGUCCGUGCCGCAGAUCCUCUUGCCGCUGACGAGCUCGAUUCCAGUCCGGUUCCUCGUGUACACUGCCCGGACGCCUUCGACGCACUACGGCGCCAGUACGAUCAAGUCGAACGCCAGCAGCAGCAGCGCGCAUUCGACGCCGCUCGAUGGGCUCGAGUACCUGGAAGAGGAGAGCGACUCAGACGAUGAGGACGACGAAGACGACGAGGACCAAGGCGACGACGACAUGCUCUUUGUGUCGCCGUCGGACCAGUGCGUAUGCUCGUUCCAGAUGGAUGUGGAGCAACCGGAAAACUGCUCAUUCUUGCUGCCGUGCCGCCUCGACAUCCAGAUGGUCCGCGACCAUGAGCUGCGGCGCACGCACCUCUCGAUGCUGCAGAACAACGCACCAAAGGCCCACACAACAACGCUCUUUACGUCGCCGGCUGACACGCUUCUUACGGCGCAGUUUCACUUGCAAGACCAGGACAUCUUGGUCGUCGAAGACCUCAUGGAGAGUCCGUACACGAACGUGAUUCCGUGCCAGUACCUCGACAUCAUCCUCGCACGGCGCACGAAGGAGUACCUUCUUGCCGAGCAAGAGCUCAAGCAGUUCCUCGCCUCGAAGCGUCGCGGUUGCAGCGACAGCAGUCGAUGGUGCCGCGACUGGCUCGUCGAACGCGCCAAGCUGCGCCGCGACUACGUCGUGCUGCUCAAGCGCGCGCGCCACGUGGUGUACGUCCGCGAGUCGCGUCAGCUGCGCUUCAAGGCAAGCACGCAGAAGAAGGACUCGCUCUUGCGCUUCCUCCCGAUCAACCUGCAUGUCCAAGAGAUGCACGUCGCCAAGUCCAAGGCUGCCAACGCGGACGCCGCCAUCUACGAGACGAUCACGGUCGGCGCUUUUGCUGCGCAUGUGCACAAGUUCAAGAACGGAGGCCUUCACAGCAUGCAGCAAGCGGCCACGAAGCUUCGAAGCCCGCUCAAGGUCUCCAACAUGUUUCCGUCGACGUGGCAGUACCUCUCGCAGUCGGAGCGUAAGCGCGUCGAGCUCGAGUGGGCCAUCGAGACGCGCCUCGAUGUUGUCGUGCCGCAGGCGCUCUCGACACUCGUGACAGCGUUCUGCCACAAGCUGCAGCUCAUCGUCUCGGAGGACAAGCAGGCACCUCUGGACCAACUGCUCUACAUGGGCUUUCUCUUUGAGGUCGAAUCGCUCCUCUCGACGCACGGUACCGAGAUCGGCAUGCUCGAAGAUAUGAUGGUGGCCGUCGCCUCGCUCAAGCGCGUGCGCAUGCUCCUCGUCGAAGACGACGUGCGGGCGUCUUCGCCAAGCGAGGCCAAAGCGGGCAACCCCGUCGUUUGUGUCGAGCUCUACACCAACAUGGACGAUGCACUCCUUGGCGCGCGAACGCACGCCCACGCGAAGUCGACGGACGACGAGUUUGUUGUGCGCGUCGUGCUCAAGUGCCUCGGCAAGGUGCACGUGCCUCGGCGCAAGGCCACGGUCGUCGUGCACCCGCUGCUCUUCUCGACAGGCAUCAACGAGAAGCAGACGCUGGCCAUGUCGACGCACAACCACAAGCGGCUGCAGGACUACAUCAACGAAGUCAACAUCGUGGCGCUGCGCCCGCUUGUCGCGGCAUACGUGGACCAACACGGUGGCACGCCCGACGCGGCGCUUGUGCAGGAGACGAUGGCGUUGCUGGAGGCUGCGGUGCAAGCGAGCAUGGCGAGCCGCAAGAAGAUGCCCGAGGUGCUCCAGCUCUCGUCGCGAAUCGUGCGACUGCUACAUGGAGGUCGCGUCACGGUCUGCAAAAGCGCGAAGGACCGAACGGGCAUGUCGGUGACCCUCGAGCAAGGUCACCUUUUGCACUGGAACCACGAGCUGCCCAAGGCCAAGAUCCCCGAGAUCGUCUCGACGAUGCGGUCGCGCGGCGUGCGGAUAGAGAACGCGCUCAAGAACACGGGCCGGCGGCGGUUUGCUUUCAACGCCUUGCAGCGCUCGAUGCUGCCCGAGGAGUACCGAUGCCCGCCUGAAACUGGCGGCCGCAACAUGUCAUAG